CACUUGUCGACGUUGCUUUUUGUCUUCAACGACGGUCGAAUCGCAAUCCCUCGCUUGGCUGCCAUCAAACCAUACCAUCCGCCCAUCAACCAACUAUAAUUUUCCCCCUCGCCCAGCCAGCCGCGUCGUUCGUCUCGAAAUUGCCUAUUUAAAGUUCGAGACCUCGAUCCCCACAAACCCCGCGAUGGCAUCAUAACACGCGUAAAAACAAAGAACGCCGAGCGGGUUGGGAGGAGCGACGCAAAAAAAAAAACAACAUCAAAUAGAACAAAGCCGUCAAAGGGACACCUUCUUUCGGAUGCAAGCACAUGGUCGAUAGGCCGCCUGCAGCUUUCUGAGACCCCCUCCAAAUUCGAGUCCGUCCCGUCGCCAUUUUUCCGGUUGCGGCGUCUCCCACGAGUCAAAUCCCAAGGGCAAAACAGCCAGCGCCAACGCCAUAUCCCGGAAACCAUUACGGACAGAAGGAGGAGGACGAGAAAAAAAAGGUUACGGCGGCCCAGCCCUUAUCUGGAUUUCCCCACAUCCGGGUCUUGCUCUCUGACUGGGUCUCCCGGGUUUUUUGCUAUUGAUUUCGCUAGUGCAGGUGGCGGCACGAGACCUGGGCUCCCCCGUGCUUGGGAAUCUACGGCUACCACAUCACUCGGGGUCAUUGUCUCCUCGGGUGCGGUUGGGGCACAUACAGAGAACUUCUAGUUCGUCACCGUCGGGAGGAAUCACCGCCACCAUGAACGCCCAGGUUUCGUUCCUUGACGGCGAGCUCAGCCUCAUCCACAUCCCGCUGGACCUCUACUCGUCCCUGCUCCAGCCAAUCCUGCAGGUCCUCCUGCCGCAGCGCGAGAGCCUCUGGCCGGGCAACCGCGCGCGGCUCCCCGACGACGCGGCCCCGGCGCCCGACGGGGUGCUGGGGCGGGACCACCGGCACGGGUUCCUCAACGUGAGCGUGACGCCCGUCGAGUGCUCCGUCGUGUGCCACGCGUCGUGGGUGGCGGCCGUGUUCGAGCCGGCCAUCGGGCGGCUCCUCCCCCGCGAGGCGGCGCGCCGCGUGUCGGUGUCGCGCGACCGAUACGUGGCGCUGUGCGUCAUCAACGCCGGCAUGGACGCCGGCUGCCGCGUCGUCGACCUGUCGUCGCCCCUGGCCCUGGCCGGCAUCCCCAUCUUCUUCAUCACCACCUACUACAGCGACUUCAUCCUGGUGCCGAGCAAGGACCGCCGCUCCGUCGUCGCCGCCCUGCUGGCGGGCGGCUUCGAGUUCAGCUCUGGGAGCGACUCGUCCUUUGUGUCGCCGCUGGCCGCGCGCGGCGGUGGCGGCGGAGGGGGGCUCCAGACGGCGCCGCACUCGCGCGCGGGAAGCAGCAGCAGUAGGAGCGGCAGCAGCGGCAGCAGCGGCGGCGUCGGCCACGGGCGGCCGUUCAAGCUGGAGCCCGGGUCGCCGGUGCCGCACGACGCGGAGGAGUUGCAGGCGCGCACAUUUGACCUUCUGCGACGCCGCCGCGUCGAGCCCCGCGUCGACCCGGACCUGCACCUCAUCCACUGCUCGGGCCACGAGACGUCGACGCGCCAGCUGGCGGGGGAGAUCUCGGUCGGGCUGAUGAACAGGCCGUCGCUGAACCGACUGAACACGGGCCCCAAAGGAUCAGGGGGAGGCGGGCUUGGCGGGGGAGGGGACGGCGGUGGUGGAGGCGGCGGCGGCGGCGGCGGCGGUGCCAGGUUUGGCCAGAACGGCGGCGGCCAUAAUGGCCACGACUACCACCAGCACAGCCAGCAGCCGCAGCAGCAACAACAACAAACGCACACGUGGGCCGACGCGGUGGACACACGGCUGUACGCAUGUCUCGUGGCGGCCCUGGCGUCGCGGCCGCGGUUCCUAUCGGUGACGCUGGCGCAGGACGACCCGCCGUCGCUGCUGCUGGACAAGACGCUGCUGCCGCUCUUUGGCGACUCGGUCAUGGGCUACACCGAGGGCGACCUGGUGCCCAUCUUCCUGGACCUGGCGGCCCUGCCGUUCGAGGCCACGGGCAUCGUGUCGGGCGUCGCCGGCCGCGUCGUGCGCGAGAUGGUCGGCGAGGACGAGGCCGAGGCGGCGCGCCGCGAGCAGGCGCUCAACUCGCCGCUGCUGCCCGAGCUGUCGUACCUGUCGACGGCCCGGGCCGGCGCCGUGAUCCUGCCGCGCGAGCAGUCCGAGAAGGCGCUCGAGAUAUUGAGGCCGCUGCUGGUGAAGAAGUAGGUGGUGGGUGUCUAGUAAGGGCGCGCGGGGGAAAAUUGACUCUGAAAUCAUUCAAUAUCCAAGGCGUGGGAAAAGCAGCAAGUCAAUGUCGGAAGAAGAGAUGGGAUAUAGCCCAUGGCGCUAGAAAAUAGAUGCCGUUGAGUGCGCCACAAUCUUGGAUAUGUAAAUGCCGAGAACAAGAAUCAAAACAGGAGCCCAGGGGUUUGGAG